GCCCAGCUUCUUGCCGUACCAAGGGUGAUUCCAUCUUGUCACCCACAGAGGGAUCACAUGAGAUAGCAUUGCGCCUGCGUGAACUCAGUGCGUUGUUGCCUUCGUUGUGAAUAGAUUGUCUUUUCUGUCCUGCAAAAACUUGGUUUUAGCCACACAAUACCGCCUGAUUCGCCUACCAAAACAUCGAAAGAAAUUCAUGUAGAGAUGCACCCGGUACCAGGAGAGAGACCAUCCAAGUCUUCGAGACGCGGCAAUGAAAAAGACGGGAAAAAGGUCAUAAUUGACUCCCGUCAACACGAUGAAGACAUGGCAAGCGCUCAGAUCAGUGCUUUGCAAAAAUCUACGGAACAAGGCUUUUCCCGGAUGGCCGAGUCGUUGACCACGGCCCUAACACAAACCCUUGAGAGGUAUGUGUGUGAGGAGGUCAACGAGGGUGACUUAAACGACAAUAACUUGUCAAACCCCUCACAAGACAAACCCAGCCAGAAGGCGGGAAAAUCGUCUUCACCGAGCGAACAGAUGGAUGUUGAUGCCUCGGUCAAUGACCUUUUGUCUGAUGCCAAAGAACAUGGCAAUGGAAAGCAACAUGAAGUCGAUGAAUCAGUUGGAGACUUCCUUAAAACUGUUCAAAAUGACCUGAAGUCGGAGGAGACGGGACCUCCCGUCCAUGAACAGCUCGCUAAAAUUGUGACGCGUCUCGUGCGAGACGGCAUGUUAGAAGAGCAGCUGCAAGACAAGAUAAACAAAUAUCCGCAGCCGGAAAACUGUGAAGGUUUAACGAAAGUUCGAGUUAACCAACUGAUUUGGGAUAACCUCAGCUCCACCAUCAGGUCGCAAGACUUGAAAUUCCAAAAAGUGCAAACGGUUAAGGGGCCGCGCCCAGCUUCUUGCCGUACCAAGGGUGAUUCCAUCUUGUCACCCACAGAGGGAUCACAUGAGAUAGCAUUGCGCCUGCGUGAACUCAGUGCGUUGUUGCCUUCGUUGUGA